GAACAAGACUUGCCCAAUCCAGCUUCGUGUGGGUGCUUUGGAAGUAUCUUUCGCCGAAAUUAUUUAUUUAUAUUUAGUGACGAAUUGAUAGAUUUGUAUUAUCUAUACCAAGCAGGGGUCCCUUGGAGACCAUCAAGAGGGAAACAAAAAGACUGUAUCAUUACAUUACAUUUGUAGAUUCAAAGACAGCACUAUGUCAGACCGAAAAGCAGUUAUUAAAAAUGCAGAUAUGUCUGAGGAAAUGCAACAAGAUGCUGUUGAUUGUGCGACACAAGCCUUAGAUAAGUUCAAUAUAGAAAAGGAUAUUGCUGCUCAUAUCAAAAAGGAGUUUGACAAAAAAUACAAUCCUACAUGGCAUUGUAUAGUUGGUAGAAAUUUCGGCAGUUACGUCACUCACGAAACUCGCCACUUCAUAUACUUCUAUCUGGGUCAGGUUGCCAUUUUACUUUUCAAAUCUGGUUGAACAGUAAAACUGAUCUUUUAAAAAGAAUCCAGCACAAACUUUUGGAUCUCUUCCAUUUACAUGUGUUCUUGCCCUGACAUCUCUCCACUAUCUUCAAGAUUUUAUUGACUAAUCCUCAGUCUGUACUAAAUGUCUCUAAACUAUCCCAUAUUUGUGCCAUUCAAAGUGUAUUGAUGUUUGAUGUUAAAAGCAUACUCAUGAGUUUGUCUGAUCAUUAUAUGUGUAUUAUAUUUUUUUUUUUUUUUUUUUACUUUUUUUUUAAUAUAGAUUUUAAUAAACAUUAAGGUGAUGUAAUAUAAAUAUUUUUUAAGAGGUGAUAUUUCUUUUUUUUUCAAUUAAGAAUAAUCUUUGUUCCUUGUUAAGCAAGUUGAUGGAUUCAACUUGAGUCACUAGAUUAUGUUUCAAAUAAAUUUUUUAUGUGUGUUAGUUCUGAAUAAAAUUGUUUAAUAUUACAUCUAUAUUCAUUCAAUCCUUUAAUAAUUUCAAUAUAUAAUUAAAUCUGUGAUUUAAAAGACUUUCUGUUAAGUUUUAAUUGUUGAUUAUUAUUUAUAGAAAAAAAAAAAUGUAAUCAAAACCCUAUGUUGUUUUGAUUAAAAAUUUUACUUAUACCAUAGAAUAAUGUUUUGGCUAAAGCCAUAGAAUGACGGAUAGCCAACAAAAUUAAAAUUAAAUAAUUACAUAUUUGUUUCUAAGUAAUAAGUACAUCCGUAUACAUUUACAUUUGCAUAUUAACUGUACAUGUCUUUCUUAAAUAUGUUUGUACUUAUUUUGUAUGUAAGAAAUCUGCAAUGAAAUAAUUAAUGUAUACCAAAUCAAAAAAUGCACAUACGUACAUCUUCAA